CCAACGCGUAGCAUCGUGUGUGAGCCUGGACGUGGGGGAACGAGUUGUUGGUCGCUGCCGCGGCCUCGUCUUGUCGAGUCGCCCGUCCUCCUUCCGCUGCUCCCGCCGCUCAGACGAAAGUCAAGUCGACUGAUUCCAGAUCUUCUUUCCUCCUUUCUCGCUCCUUUCCCCGCCCUCUCCAUCGUCAUGCCCUCCAAGACAACCUCCAAAAGCAAAUCAUCAGGCAGUAAUGCCGUCGAGGGGGCUGACUCCGAGCCCCUCGUUGCCGUCCUCCUCGCCGACUCCUUCGACAGUCGCUUUGCCCCCCUCACCCUCUCCCGGCCGCGCUGCCUUCUCCCCUUCUGUGGAGUUCCCUUGAUUAACUUUACAUUGGAGCGUCUCCUCGCCGCCGGAGUUUCGAAGUGUCAUAUCCUUGCCCACUCUUACGCACACCUCGUUCGAGCGCAUAUCGACUCGCUGCGUAAGGCUUCCGCCCUCUCCGGGCUCGACGUCGUCGUCUACGCCGUCCCGGACGCUCGAUCGGUGGGCGACGCCAUGAGGGAGCUGGACACAAAGGAGCUCAUUCGGGGUGACUUUGUGCUAGUCCAGCCUGAUGCGGUGGGAGCUGCAGAUAUUGGGGAGAUGGUCAGAGUGCAUACAGAGAGGAGGAAGACGGAUAAGGACGCGAUUAUGACUAUUGGAGUGCAAAGUGCUGCAACGGCGGGUGGGAGCGUCAUGGCCUUGAGGCCCGAGACUUCACAACUUCUUCACUACGACCCCCUCACGGGCCCUUCCUCCUCCAAGACUCACCUCCCCUACGAGGACAUUUUCACCGACGCGACUCCCUCCGCCGAGCUGCGUCUCGACCUCCGCGAGACAGGGAUUGACAUCUGCUCCCUGGAUGUGCCUCCGCUUUUCUCGGAGAACUUCGACUACCAAACACUACGAAGAGACUUCGUUGUCGGUAUCCUGACAUCUGAUCUUCUGGAGUCGAGGAUCUACGUACAUGAGAGCCAGGGAACGGCUGUCAACGAGUCAAGGGCGAAUGGGAUGACGCACUCGGUGUGGGGGGCCAGGUGCAAUUCAACAAGGGCCUACGACGAGGCAGCAAUGGCUGUCCUGUCGCAAAGGGCUUGGCCGACCAGCCCUGGCUCGCCGGCUUGGCCCGGGGAGCGACUUGAGGCGAGACAGGGGGCGAGAUAUGUUGCUACACGCAAUGUGACCGUGGAUCGCAGCGCUGAGGUGAGGGAUAGGGUGCUCAUUUCAAGCGGUUGCACCGUCGCUGCGAGGGCAAGAUUGGAAGCGUCUACCCUGGGCCAGGGGGUGAUGGUGGGUGAGGAGGCGACGGUCACUGGAUCGCAUCUCUUCGAAGGGGUCAAGCUUGGCAAGGGGUGCAGCGUUGAGGCUACCAUUCUAGGCAAGAAUGUGCGGGUCCUCGAUGGGGUGCGCAUCGCACGAGGCUCCUUGGUAGGAGACGACUGCGUAAUCGGCUCAGACCUCAAGGCUGGCACACGUAUAGCCUUCAGCGAGGAGAAAGCGGACGAAGCCCUGCUCGGUCCCAAGGGGAUGGGGCGACUCUAUGUGGGAGACGACGAUGAAGAGGAGGACAGCGAUGACGAAGCCGACGGGGACGAGGCCGACGCCACACUGCGUAUUGGACAUCAAGGCAUUCGCGUGGUGGAGGACGAUCUUUCCUCAAUCGAGGGAGAUUCGGAGCUCGGCGACAGCUCGGACGAGGAUAGCGACGACGACGACUUACUGGAUGCAGACGCUCAAGAGCGCGCGGCGAACAAUGCUGCUGCCUCCCUCGCGCCUGGAAUGGGCAGUCUCAGCUUGGGAGCAGGGGAAGCGACAGACUACGAGGCAGCCGCAGCGACAGAGCGACUACGUGAAUUCGAGGGCGAAGCGCGCGCCUCACUACAUCGCGCCUUUGAGGAGGGCCACACGAUCGACAAUGCCAGCAUUGAGCUCAAGACGUUGCGCAUGGCUUCCAACGUGCCCCUUUCCGAGGUGCGACGCUGCGUUACCGAGGCCAUCCUCGAGGGAUGCGUAGCUGCCAGCGAUGGAGGCAAGGACGCAAGGAAGAUGGGCGCCUGGCUGGACAGAUGGUCUGCCCUCCUUGGCCAAGUCAUAGAUGACGAUGCAGGUGACGAGGAGCAGGGAGCAGAGGUCAUCGACCAUAUGCAGACUUAUUGCUCUCUUCAUGCGGAGAGUCACGCAGCCCUCUUUGUGCCGCUCCUCAAGAAGCUCUAUAAUGAUGACGUGCUGAGCGAUGAGGCCAUUGUUGGUUGGUGGAAGAGUCCCGCUUCGAGGGGGACGGAGGAAGCAAAGGGGGGAGAAGGCAGGGCGGAUCUGAGGAAGAAGGCGGAACCCGUCGUUAGGUGGGUCGUAGAGGAGGGGGAGAGCGAGAGUGAGAGCGAGGAGGAGAGCGACGAAGAGUAGAAGGGAAGGCAUGCGUAGAAUGGUAAUUGCUAUUGUUACAUGGGUGUCUUAGUCGUCUGCUAUCUACCCCCAGCCUCAUCUCUCGCUGC